AUGAGUUUAAGAAAGAUGGCAACCACGGUCCGUAUUGGGUUUGUUCCGGAACACUAUGCAGUUCCACUUGUUUUCGCAAAGAAGCUAGGAUACUACGAGGAGAGUGGACUUGACAAGUACGAGUUUGUCCCCUAUCCGAGUGGUAGUGGCCACCUCAUCCAGUCGUUGAAGAAGAGGGAGAUUGAUAUUGCCGUUGGUCUCACUGAGGCCUUUGUACGUGGCAUCAGUACGGGCGACGAGGGGGAAUAUUCCAUCGUUGGCCAAUACGUGACAUCGCCACUAAGAUGGGCCAUUUCCACGGGGAUUGGGCGCAAGGAUCUAACCAUUGCAGACAUUAAGAAGGUGGGUAUCUCUCGUCUUGGUUCUGGUUCCCAUGUCAUGUCGUUUGUGUUGGCUAUGGAGCACGGUUUGGCGCCAUUUGAGUACCAAGUUCAAGACAACUUUGCCAACUUGCGAGCAGGAGUCAACAAUGGAACCACCGAUGCCUUUAUGUGGGAAUACUUCACCUCGAAGAAGUACUACGACAGCGGCGAUAUCCGUCACUUGGGUGACAUUUACACUCCGUGGCCCUCGUGGGUGAUUACCGCUGGAGCACACGUUGAGGCGUCUGUCGUGGACGCUUUCAACAGGGGCACGCAGCGUGGCAUAGACUACUUCAACGCCAACAAGGACAAGGGAAUCGACCACAUCCUCGAGAGUGACUCACUUGAUUAUAACAACAAAGAAGACGUUGAAAACUGGGCAAAGGCAGUUGUGUUCUGCGACAACGUGGCCGAAUCUGUCCACCAACAGCCCUGGAGAGAUGUGGUUGCAAAGACCAAGGACGUUCUCAGGGAAGCCGGGGUUAUUCAAUGA